GUUUUUUAUUUAAUAAUAUUACAACAUUGUCGCGUGAUAAUCGUUUUUCGCCUGGCCAGGUGUGACAGUUGUGUACCGAACCGGAUACGCAUCUCUCAAACUUAUAACAAGUCGCGGCCAAUUGUCGUAGUUCAGUCGAGCUUCUCUAACGCGGAGGAUGUUGUUACUCAUCCGGAGCUCCUCACUUCGGAACUUGCUCCGCACAUCCGCAACGUUUUUAUUCUUCGCACUGAUUCUCACAAUGACGGCCACCUUGUUACAAGGCACUUACAGAGCAUUGCAAGAAGAAUCUCAGGUCGACGAGGACUGGGUUUUGUCACACAUCAGCAACGAGACCGGAGCCGACCACUUUAUCGUCCCCAACAUCAUCCACCUGAUUCGGUUCAACAAGACGGAAUUCUCUUUCACCGACUACAUUUGCACUCAGGCCGCCUUCCGCAAUCACCGCCCAGACUAUUUCUACAUUCACACGGACGCGCCGGAAGGCCGGUUCAGCGGCAAGUAUUGGGAAUUAAUUGAAAAGGAUCUCGAACUGAGAUCGCACAUUCGCAUUUUACCGCUGGAACCUCCGUCGGAGAUUUUCGGCCAACAGCUCAAUCCGCAAUGGAGACUCUAUCAUGGUGGAGACGUUGCUCGCAUCCGCACCAUGAUGAAGUAUGGCGGCAUUUAUUUAGAUAAUGAUGUCUACGUUAUCCAAAAUUUGGAUAAGUAUCGCAAAUUUGAAAUUGCCAUCAAUUGGGAUGAGGGUCAGUUCCUUGGUAGUCAGGUGAUUAUUGCUAAUAGGAAAGCACGUUUUCUGUCUUUAUGGCUCGACUCUUAUCGUGAAUAUCACCCAGAAUUAUGGUAUUACAAUGCGGGAGAGCGGCCGACCAAAGAAAUUUUAUACCAGCAUCCGGAAUUGGUUCAUCGAGUCAAAGUUCAAUUCGGUGCUGACGUUGAUUUAUCCUUUUAUCUCUACACCCAAAAAAAUUUUGAUUGGCGUUCACUGGAUACCAUUCAUCUCAUGAUCAAUCAUCGUGGUUACCUGGAUCCUUAUUACAAUGAAACACCUACUUUUGACGAAAAGAUAGUCAAAACGUAUCCUUAUCCGUUUGGUGACAUGGCUCGAGAAAUGGUGAUGGCAUCCGGAAUGGAAAAUUUUAUUAAUCAAAAGAUUGUUUGA